CAGCGGCACUCGCAUUCCCUUGGAGAUAGCCAUGUUGAGGAAGGUGCGCUCCGGCUGCAGUGCCAUCAUCCAGCUCCUCCAUUGGUUUGAGCUGCCCCACUCCUUUGUGCUGGUUCUGGAGCGUCCGGAGCCAUCGCAGGACCUCUCCGACUUCAUCAAAAAAUGGAGGUUCCUGCCCGAGAAUCUGGCGCGGGGCAUUUUCCUCCAGGUGCUGGUGGCUGUGCGGCACUGCCACAGCCGCGGUGUCCUGCACAGGGAUAUCAAGCCCAAGAACAUCAUCAUCAACUUGGCCACCAGAGAGGUCAAGCUUAUUGACUUUGGUUGCAGCACCCUCCUCAGGGACACGGUCUACACCAAAUUUAGCGGUGAGCCCACAGCCCAGGGUGCUUCCCGUACCGAGCAGUUUGUGAACAAGAGUCACGUGCUGAUGACGAGGUGGCGGGUCACACCGAGUGUGCGUCCCCACGUCCGUGGCGCCACCGUGGCCUCCCGGACCCACAACUGCCUCCCAACUGACCCCCAGUGA